AUGGCUUCUACCCUGGAGCAUCUUGCGCAGUUGCUCAACGCAACUUUGGAUGCGCAACACCAUCGCAGAGCUGAGACGGCUCUCAGAGAAGAAGCCAAGAAGCCCAAAUACUCGCUAUCGCUCCUGAGCAUCGUGAGCUCCGCAGCUCAACCCCUCAAGAUUCGCCUUGCCGCUGCCCUCGCGUUCAAGAACUUCAUCCGCCACAAUUAUGUUGACGAAGAGGGCAGCUAUAAGCUCCCUCUGGAUGAGGUGCAAACAAUCAAACAGGAGCUCGUCGGCCUGAUGAUCUCGUCCCCGCCCUCCAUACAGACACAGCUCGGCGAAGCCAUCAGCAUUAUUGCCGACUCGGACUUCUGGGAGCGUUGGGACACGUUGACCAAGGACCUUGUCAGCCGUCUUUCCAAUACCGACUACAAGAUUACGAAUGGCGUGUUGGAAGUUGCACAUUCAAUCUUUGUGCGGUGGCGGCCUUUGUUUCAGUCCAAUGAUCUCAACAGGGAGAUCCUGCACGUCGUCGGGACGUUUGGUGAGCCUUUCAUUCAAAUGCUGAGCAUCGCGGACCAACAAAUCGGAGCGAACCAAGACAAUGCCACCGCCCUCAGGGGGUGGCUCGAGACUAUGAGCCUACUGAUUAGGAUUCUCUAUGACCUCUCAUGCCAAGAUAUCCCGCCAAUCAUCGAGACGCACCUGAAGGACAUCACUCUGCUCCUCCACAAGUACAUGUCCUAUACCAACCCUGUCUUCGACGGCGAGGAGGACGAGGCCACGCCGCUGGAGACUCUGAAGUCGGACAUAUGCGAUGCUCUUCAGCUAUUUACCAAUAAGUACGACGACGACUUUGGGCAAUACGUUCAGGAGUUCACCAACAACGUCUGGAAUGUGCUGUCGAGUCUCGGCCCCGAGAAGAGAUAUGAUAUCCUCACUAGCAAGGCCCUGCAGUUCCUCACGGCGGUUGCCUCGGUGCGGCGCCAUGCCGAAAUAUUCAACAACCCGGAGGUCUUAGGCACGAUCGUGGAGAAGGUCAUCCUUCCGAAUGUCGCACUUAGAGAGUCCGACAUUGAGCUGUUUGAGGAUGAGCCUAUUGAGUUCAUCAGGCGCGACCUUGAGGGUUCAGACACGGAUUCCCGAAGGAGAGCGGCAACCGACUUCCUGCGGGCACUCCUUGAGAACUUCGAAAUGCUCGUCACACAAGUGGUAUUCAAAUACAUCAACCACUACCUGACCGCCGGCAAGGACGACUGGAAGGCGAAGGACACCGCCGUCUAUCUCUUCCUUGCCAUCGCCGCCAAGGGCGCCGUCACUGCCGCCCAUGGAGUGAAGACGGUUAACAGCUACGUCAAUGUCGUCGAGUUCUUCGAGCAGAACAUCGCUGCGGACCUCCUUUCCAACGAGAGCGAGCCCAUUGCGAAGGUGGAUGCCAUCAAGUAUCUAUAUACUUUCCGGAGUCAGCUCAACAAGGCGCAGUGGGCCACGGCCAUUCAGCCCCUCAUCCAGAGUCUCGGCUCGACUAACUAUGUCGUCUACACUUAUGCGGCGAUUGCUGUUGAGAGAGUGCUGUUCCUGACCGAUGACCAGGGGCAGCACUUAUUUACGCGGGACGACAUCCAGCCGUAUGCCAAGGAUCUGCUAGAACACUUAUUCACCCUGAUCGAAAAGGACACGUCUGCUGCCAAGCUGCAAGAGAACGAGUUCUUGAUGAGGUGCAUUAUGAGGGUGUUGAUUGUCAUGAAGGAGGGCCUAUUCGACUGUGGCGUCGGAAAUGUUCUCACUCAUCUCAUCAGCAUUACAAACGUGAUCAAGGAGAAUCCCAGCAACCCUCGCUUCUAUUACUACCACUUCGAAGCGAUCGGUGCUCUAGUCAGGUACUGCAGCAACAACCCCAAGUUGGACUUAAUUGGUCGCUUAUGGGCCCCUUUUGCGGCCAUCCUCUCCGAGGACGUCUCUGAAUUCGUCCCAUUCGUCUUCCAGAUCUCCGCGCUGCUCCUUGAGCUCAACCCUUCGGGCCAGAUUCCGGGAGAUUUCAAGAUUCUGAUCGAAGUUGUGCUUGGCCCGGGCCCGUGGGAGACGAGAGGCAAUGUACCGCCCCUGUCCAGGUUCAUUGCAGCGAUCAUUCCCAAGGCGGCAGAGGAGAUAAAGGCGGAGAACAAGCUGGAAGCCUUCCUCGCCAUCUUCCAGCGUCUUUUGGCUGGGAAGAAAACGGAACAGAACGCGUUCGAUAUUCUCGAGGCCAUCGUCGGCACAUUCCCUGCGGAUGUCUUGGAGCCGUACUUCGGAACCAUUGUCACACUCAUCUUCAGCAAGCUGCAGGCGAACCCCACCGACUCCUUCAAGUCUCGCGUGACCCGCUUCUACCAUCUCGUCUCGGCCAGGGCCGGCAUGGGCGCCGAUUUCUUCAUCAGGCACGCCGAAGCCAUCCAAGCCAACGUCUUUACGCCCUUCUACCUCACGGUCAUCCUGCCCACGACGGGCCAGUUUGCCCGGCCCGUCGACCGCAAGCUUGGCGUCAUCUCGUACACCAAGACGCUUUGCGAGUCAACCAACUUCGCAGAGCGCUACAAGAAGGGCUGGGGCUUCACGUGCAACAACCUGCUUGACCUGCUGAAGAACCCGCCGCGGGUGGCUGCCGGGGUCGGCGACGAGAUCGUCAACGAAGCAGACGUCGAUGAUAUUGGUUUUGGCGUCGGCUUCACACCGCUGAACACAUGCAAGCGCGGGCCCCGCGACGACUUCCCCGAUAUUGUCGAGGUCGACAAGUGGGUGAGCCAGUACAUGAAGGAGGCGAACCAGCGGCAUGGUGGCACGAUUGUCACUUAUGUGCAGGAGCGGUUGUCUCCCGAGGCGAAGGCCGCCUUGGCUCCGUACCUCGCCUAA